UUCUAUUGGAGAUUGGUCGGGAGGGCUGGUACGGCAGUCUUUGUUCUGAUGGACAGCGGAACGUGGUGAGCAGUUAAGGUGUAGGAACUGCUGGGAUGAAUAUCUAUCCCAUUGGGGUCUGUCUGUUUCGGACUGUCGUGUUAUUUUUCAGUCUAGACUUCUAGAAGUGUCGUGACUUCACUUUAUUAACUUUGUUUUGGAAGUGUCUUGUUGAGAUGAGGGAACUCAAUCCGCCGGGGGCAUGUGCACAAUAUAUGAUUUCGAAGCGAAUGAUCGAUCGCUAGCAUUCGAUAAACAACGUGCAAGACUGAGCAAACGAUUGACUCCUAGACCGGAAAAAUUGGACGAUAGCCGAAGAGCCGACGUUGAAACUCGGCACAAGUUUUAGUCCUCUCCUUCAGCCGUCUUUGCCCGGCAGGAUAUCGUAGUCUCUCCACAGCCGAUACUUUACCGAUUGUGCAUGUGGUUAGUGAACUGAGUUACGUCCAAGAGUGAGUGUAUCGAGGAACUGGUAGACAGGGACUAUGGAUGUACACGUAACCACAUCGGAUCAAGGUCAGGGAUCAGGUGGACAUCCCGCUCAUCGCUGGCCUUACGAUGCUCCCCGAAUGGGUUCUGGACUAGAAAGUUCUGGUAAUCUUCUAGCACCGGACGAUGUCGACGUAUUUUUCCAUUCUUUGGAUAGUAAUGGAAAUCCAGUCAAUCCAGCUACUUACUAUGCCAGCCCAGCUGCAGCGAGAGCAAUGCAUAACUACAGAACUCCUCACGGUAAGUUCUUUUUAGUAGUUUUCGGUUUAGGUUUGCGUUUAGGAUUGAAAAUAGCCAAACACGCAAAAUCGACAAUAAACUUAAGUGUUUCUAGGCUUCAAUCUCGGACAAAUCUUUUUCCUUACACAUUUUGACAGCCGAAACAAUAACUUUAAAAGGCAAUCUAUACUUGCUGUGACAUUUGCUGUUAUACCGCGAUUGAACAAGGAAAACAAUAACAAUAUAGAUUAAAUUAUUGAAAGAAGAGGAUUGACACGCAUCAAAUUUUCUUUAAUAUAUAUGUUAUAGAACUUAUAAACCUGAAAAGUCGGGAAAAUUCGCCAGAAAAAUUUAAUAUCGCAAAAUGUCGCGCUUCUUUAGCACUGACUUCCUAUUUAGAAACAUGGACUAAUAAUCUUUAUCGUCAAUUAUGUCAAAAAUCUUUUGUUUCAGUCUACCAAUAAAAUAAUAUUGAAUCUGAGUAUAAUAUUUCCCGCAAGACUUUAAAAGUGAUAGUUGACCCUGAUACAGCGGUGAAUGUUUAACGAAGUUCGUCAGGGUCGAAGAGGACGGAUACAGGAUUUCUUUUCACUAUAAUCACUUUAAUUUUUCACGAAAUUAUUCUAGUUUUAAAAAUAUUAUCUCAUAAUAAAAGCUUA